ACCUACGGUCUGUUUAACACUUACUCUGCUCUGCCUUGGUCUUAAUCAGAUCUGCGAGCUGUCAACUAUGCCUUCUGCUCGAGAUGCUAUGGCCAACCGCGGGGAUGACGACGAGGUGUGCCCUGUUUGCAAAUCCUCACGGUACUUGAACCCGGAUAUGCAGUUCCUUAUCAAUCCGGAAUGUUAUCACAAAAUGUGCGAAUCGUGUGUGGACCGCAUAUUCUCCUCAGGCCCGGCAAACUGCCCCGUUGCGGGUUGCCACAAGACGCUGCGAAAGGCUCGGUUUCGGAAGCAAACGUUCGAGGAUAUCAACGUGGAACGAGAGGUGGACAUUCGGCGCAGAGUGAUGCAAAUUCUCAACCGCCGUGAAGAAGAGUUCGACUCCAAACGAGCCUGGGACGACUUCCUCGAACAGCGUGAGGAGAUCAUCGCAAAUCUCGUACACGGCACCGAUGUGGCUAAGACCGAAAGCGACCUCCAGAAAUAUGCAUCGGAGAACAUGCGCUCAAUCCGCGCCAAUCAAGCCCUCGAAGCGCAGGAAGCCUCGUCUUUCAAGGAGCAGCAGACACAUGAGCAGGAACUGGCCCGUCUUCGCCGAGAAGCAGCCAAACAAGAAUAUGAGAACGAACGGCGGGAGCUACAAGCCUCUCGGGAGGAUGUUCUCUCUCGUCUCGCAGCCGGGCGACCUGGCGACGCUGCGGCUAUUGCACGCGAAGGCAAGAAGGUGUUGCUCAAGAAAUCAUCUGCUCGGCGAAGUGAGGAGGAUCGGAUCCGACAGAAACAGGCUGCUCUCCGGAACUCGGAUGCUAGGAAAGCUGGUCAGGGAGGACUCACGGCUGAUAAGGCCGACAUUGCUGGCAAUUCGGGCUUGAUCAAGGGCCUCAAGAAGAUCGUGACUCCGGAACCCGAAAAGCCUUACGACCCAUUUGGUGGCAUGAUUCCCAACAAGCGGGACUACUAUACUUUGCGCGACUUCUAUCCGUCAAGCUAUCUGGACCCUAUCCGACAGGACACUCGUAUGCAGGCAGGCGGGUACGAUCUACAGGAGUACUACUCUCGUACAUUGAUGGAAGCUUUCGCUGGCUUGGGCUGCUUUAUCGAUGAGGAGGUGGCACAACGUGACGGUGCAGGGUCUCUUGGGGGCUCCAGACCGGACGCCACUCAAGGGGCUGCCCAGGCGGCAGUUUCAAGUACGGGUACUCCAGAAGCCAGCUGACUGGCGUUAUACAUUGUUGAGCCCACUGAAGAAAAUGUCCCCUGCUGUUAUCUCUGCGCUUCUACUUCGCAGGGAAGGUAGCCUCACCUGUGUUGUUGUAUAUAAUGCAUAGCGAUGGCGUUUUGAUGGGAUUUGGGUGCUUCAUUGGGGUAUAGAGAUAACGGACUUGAUAAUGGAUAUGAUUGAUCUAGGUAUACAAACAAAGGC